GCUUCUGUCAGCGAGGCCCCUGGCCCAAUGGCAAUCUGAGUCUCCCUCCUCCGACCUGGUCCCGCCUCUUCUGCCCCUUGUGCUCAGCGCUACCUGCUGCCGGGCCACAUCCAGAGCAGAAAGGCCGGUGCGCGGGGCGGGCGGCGGGCACCAUGCAGGGAGGCGGCCAGGGGCCGUGGGCAGCGCCGCUCUCUGCCGCCCACCUGGCUCUGUGAGACUGGCGCUGCCACCAUGUUCCCCAGCCCUGCACUCACGCCCACGCCGUUCUCCGUCAAAGACAUCCUGAACCUGGAGCAAGAGCAGCGCAGCCUGGCCGCCGGAGAGCUCUCCGCGCGCCUGGAGGCCACCCUGGCGCCCGCCUCCUGCAUGCUGGCCGCCUUCAAGCCCGAGGCCUACGCGGGGCCUGAGGCGGCCGCGCCGGGCCUCCCGGAGCUGCGCGCAGAGCUGGGUCCCGUGCCUUCGCCCGCCAAAUGCUCGCCUGCCUUCCCCGCCGCCCCCGCCUUCUAUCCGCGUGCCUAUGGAGACCCCGACCCGGUUAAGGACCCUCGAGCCGAUAAGAAAGAGCUGUGCGCGCUGCAGAAGGCGGUGGAGCUGGAGAAGCCAGAGGCAGACAGCGCGGAGCGGCCCCGCGCGCGACGGCGGAGAAAGCCGCGCGUGCUAUUCUCGCAGGCUCAGGUCUACGAACUGGAGAGGCGCUUCAAGCAGCAGCGAUACCUGUCGGCUCCCGAACGCGACCAGCUGGCCAGUGUACUGAAGCUCACGUCCACGCAGGUCAAGAUUUGGUUCCAGAACCGGCGCUACAAGUGCAAGAGGCAGCGGCAGGAUCAGACUCUGGAGCUGGUGGGGCUGCCCCCUCCGCCGCCGCCGCCUGCCCGCCGGAUCGCGGUGCCGGUGCUCGUGCGCGAUGGCAAACCAUGCCUGGGAGACUCGGCGCCCUACGCGCCCGCCUACGGCGUGGGCCUUAACGCCUACGGCUAUAAUGCCUAUUCCGCCUAUCCGGGUUAUGGUGGGGCGGCCUGCAACCCCGGCUACAGCUGCGCCGCUGCUUACCCAGCCGGGCCUCCCCCGGCUCAGCCAGCCACUGCCACAGCCAAUAACAACUUCGUGAACUUCGGCGUCGGGGACUUGAACGCGGUGCAGAGCCCUGGGAUUCCGCAGGGCAACUCGGGAGUGUCCACGCUGCACGGUAUACGAGCCUGGUAGGGAAGGGACCCGCCUGGGGCGCCCCUGACCUAUCCCACCUCGAGAGGGGCACUGACUCUCAUGGGGGAGGAAGGGCUCCUGACACGACCUUGUGUCCCUCGGAUUUCAUAUUCACUCCUACGGAGGCCUCGGAACUUUUCCCGCCCCGUGCGCCUUUGUCCCCGCGCGCGGGAGAGUUUGUGGCCGCGUUUACGCAGCCUGCGGUGGGUAAUCCCGCAGCUUGGUGUCCAGGUCGCCGCCCUGGGAGUGCCCUCUGAGCACCCACAGGUCCCCCC